AUGUCGUCCUCCGGGGCGCUGAGCAAUUACUACGUGGACUCGUUCCUCCUGCACGAGGGCGACGAGCUGGUGCAGGCGCGCUACGGCGCGGCCCCGCUGGGCCAGCCGGCGCGGCAGGCGGCCCUGGGCGAGCACGCCGAGUUCGCGCCCUGCAGCUUCCAGUCGAAGGCGUCGGUCUUCGGCGCCUCCUGGAACGCCGUGCACCCGCCGGGCGCCGGCAACGUGCCCGCCGCCGUCUACCACCCGUACGUGCAUCCCCAGGCACCGCUGGCAGCGCCCGAGGGCAGGUACAUGCGUUCGUGGCUCGAGCCGCUGCCGGGCUCCCUGUCCUUCCCGGGCUUGCCGGCCAGCAGGCAUUACGGCAUUAAACCGGAACCGCUCUCGGCCAGGAGGGGUGACUGUACCACCUUUGACACGCACGCACUCUCUCUGACUGACUAUGCUUGUGGUUCUCCUCCAGCUGAUAGGGAUAAGCAAGGCAACGACGGGCCGUUCUCGGAAAACCACCAGCACCCCGGCGAGAGCGAGGCAAACGGAGACAAGCCCCCGCUGGACCCAAAUAAUCCAGCUGCAAACUGGUUGCAUGCAAGAUCCACCCGAAAAAAGCGGUGCCCUUACACCAAGCACCAGACACUGGAGUUGGAAAAGGAGUUUUUGUUCAACAUGUAUCUGACCAGGGACCGGCGGUAUGAAGUGGCCAGGCUCCUGAAUUUAACCGAGAGACAAGUGAAAAUCUGGUUUCAGAACCGGAGGAUGAAAAUGAAGAAAAUCAACAAAGACCGAGCGAAAGAUGAAUGA